AUGCUUUCUGUCCCUGCACUUCCCUUGCAACCACCAACGCCAGAUGAAGAGGCUGCUCAGUUUUCUUCUCGCAUAGAUCAAGUCGCGUCUUUUUUUGCCUCUCCCCGUUUCGCGUCUCUCAAACGGUCCUACUCACCUGCUGCAAUCGCGUCAAAGCAAGGUUCUCUUCCCGUGUUGCCUUUACCCUCAAAUUUACUCGCAGACAAGCUCUUCUCCCUCUUUUCAAAGGCUUCAGCUGAAGGGAAACCAGUUCAUACAAUGGGAGCCAUAGACCCUGUCCAGAUGACUCAGAUGGCAAAGCAUCAGCAGGUUGUAUACAUCUCUGGCUGGGCUGCCUCUAGCGUAUUGACCACAGGAAAUAACGAAGUUGGUCCAGACCUGGGCGAUUAUCCAUACACCACGGUCCCGAACCAAGUACACCGCAUAUUCCGCGCACAACAACUUCACGACAAGAAGCAUUACGACGAGCGUAUGUCCGCAACUCCAGAUGAGCGUUCAAAGAUGCAGUUCAUCGACUACCUCCGGCCUAUCAUAGCCGACGCUGACACAGGACACGGAGGGAACUCUGCUGUAAUGAAACUCGUCAAACUCUUUGCCGAAUCCGGCGCCUCCGCAAUUCAUCUAGAGGAUCAGCUUCAUGGUGGAAAAAAGUGUGGUCAUCUUGCUGGCAAAGUCCUUGUUCCUCCCAGCACCCAUGUCUCCCGUCUCCUCGCCUCACGCUUCCAACUCGACCUCCUGCUCUCCUCUAUGCUCCUCAUAGCUCGCACGGACGCUGAAUCUGCUCGUCUCCUGUCCUCCACUGUCGACGUCGCCGAUCACAAGUACAUCCUAGGGACGACGCACAGCGGAAAGGCGCUUGCAGAGGUGUUGGAAGAAGCGGAGGCUCGGGGCGCCAGUGCAGACGAAGUCGGGAGGCUCGAGACCGAAUGGGUUGGCCAGCGAGAGCUCUGCACGUUUGACCAAGCUGUUGAACGUGCCAUUGAAAGCUCAAGUUUGCGCGAGAAGCAGUCAGCUUACGAGCAAUACCUUGCUGCCUCUGCUGGAAAGUCGAAUAACGACGCAAAGGAUAUUGCAAAGGACAUUUUGGGAGAGCGUGUCUUCUGGGACUGGGACCUCCCUCGUACUCGCGAAGGCUACUAUCAUUACACGGGCGGCCUCGAGGCGGCCAUCAACCGUGCGCUCAUAUACGCCCCCUAUGCGGACCUUAUCUGGCUCGAAACGAAAACACCAGACUUAGAGCAGGCGCGGUACUUUGCGCGGAAGAUAAGGGAGAAAUAUCCCGGGAAGUGGUUCGUCUAUAACCUUAGCCCGAGCUUCAAUUGGUCGAAGCAGGGCUUUUCUGAUACGGAUUUGAAGAACUUUAUCUGGGAGCUUGGAAAGGAAGGGUUUGUACUGCAGCUUAUCUCGCUUGCCGGUUUACAUAGUAAUGCCGCAGCCACCGCUGAGUUGGCUGCGCGCUACAAGGAAGAUGGCAUGCUUGCCUACGUCGAGCUCGUUCAGCGCAAGGAGAAGGAAAUCGGGUGUGACGUGCUCACGCAUCAGAAAUGGAGUGGCGCGAAUUACAUUGACAAGAUUCUGCAGACCGUGUCUUCUGGAUCGUCAAGUACUUCAGCCAUUGGCAAGGAUUCGACGGAACACAGCUUCUAAACGGGAGGAGGAUGCAUGUCUUUCGUAUGCGUAUGAUAUGCGUGGAUUUCAAAUCUAUCGAGCUUGCAGCGUUUUAUUUUGUAUGGUCAGUACAAGUCCGGAACUAAAUGCGGAUAACGACUAGAAGAAGAAGAAACUGCGAAUAUCAGCAAGAAGCAAGACAAGAAGGGAAAAAUAAAACACAAUAAAAAGCCAGCUAUCGAGGAUCUAAGUAAAAAUAAGAUACAGAUAAAGAAAAAAGGCAAGAAAAAUGUAGGGGGGUUAAGACAUAUGUGUAUAUAUGCGGUAUUACUUUGAUGCGAAUGAAAUGCAGAGUAACUAACAGGUCGGUAAGUGAAUGCGUAAUACCAUCCCAAAAAUGAGAUAGACCGUGAUAAGACUAACGUCACCAGUACAGCCAGCCCAGCAGGCUUUAACCGCUCCUAUACCAUGAUGCAUGAUGUACAGGCCAUCAGAAGUCUGGCCACAGGCUAAUCAUGUUCGAAUCCGUGAUACGUAUAGUUGACAUUGGGAUGCACUUUUGGUGGAGACACCAUCUCAAACUGCGACGUAUCAAAGCUCCCACGCGUCUCCUCCGACAGCCUCGACGUCGUCGACAAAAUCGAGCGCGGGGGGGACGCCGAGCCUUGCAGCAUAGCCAGCGAACUCGUCCGUGGUGGGGGAGACGCCUCAGCCGACGACGACGACGCUGAUACCAACUUUGGACGCAGUGCCGACUUUCUCCGCUCAUGCCCAAACGCCCCGCUGUUUCCACGUGCAUGGGCAUUGGACGCAACGUACUGUUCCGGCAGCCGCGGGCUAGGCGGAAUCUCGGACUGUCCUGCGGAGGAUAUUCGUCUCCCGGAUGAGCUCAUCUCCAACACGCUCGGUCUCCGUGGCUUUGACCCAUCGCUGUACAACGUCGUCCUAUCGAUGCUCAUCCGUUGUUCCACGGAAGCUGAACUUUGUGAGAGGCCGCUUGCAGAUUUCCAGGACUUUAGGAUGGACUUGCGAGCUGCAGUCUUCUCUGGCUGUGUCACGGGAACGCCCCCGGGAGUAGGUAGGGAGACGGGUUGAUUAGGGGGUUCCGAGAUGGAAGGCCGUGGUCCUGAACGAUUAUUUACGGUAUAGGGGGAUUCCUGGUCAGCCAGCACAGGAGUCUUCAACUUCCCAUGGCUACCCGUCGCGACAAUUGGUAUAGGUGGUAACGAUUUGUCGACAGGAGUAGCAACCUGCUGUUCUUGUGAGAUGGACGAACGCGCUGAUGCGGGUAACUGGAAAGACGAGCGUGCCACAACCGGCGUAGGAGGCUGCCCUGAGAUCGAGGACACCUUCAAACUCUUCGUAGUCGCUACGUCCUCUCCGGACAUCGUAGCAGAAUCGGCAGAGAAUCUACUUGAAGGAGGCGUAGAAACACACGAGCCUUCAUCGAUUGAUGAAAGAGACGGUCUUGGCUCUGAGAAAUCCUCGCUAGAGUAUUGAACCAUGGUGGGAUCCCAGUACGCUCUGCCAUGCUCUGGUUCAGGAGCUGAUGAAAACCGCCCAAAUGGAUCUGGGGAUAGGGGAAUCGGCGAUGCAGAGAGGUCAGACACCUUUCGUGAGAACGACGGCGGAAGUAGUGGCGGGUACAUAGAGUCGUCUAAAUCCCUCUUUCGCAGCUCGGUCUCAGAAGAGGCAGUAUCCGAAGAAUUUGAACGCAUGUUAGACAUGUAAGCCUUGGGAGCACCUGUGGAUACACCGUUAAUUGCCAAGCGAGGGGGAGAUGGGUAUUGUGUGACUGAACGUGGUGGUGACGGUGAAUUAGACACCUUGGCAGAUAUUGACGAAAAAGGGACAGCAGGCCAUGCCAUGUUAGACAUGUCUUGGGGAAUAAUGGAGCUACUGUUUAUAGAGAUCGUCGUGGUUA